AUGAAGACUUCAUUCGCUUCCCUCGCUCUGGCCCUCUCGGGCUCUGCCUUCGCUGCCCCCUUCAACUCGAACGGCACCUCCAGCGGCACCUAUGCCAUCCCUACUUCUUCUGGCAUCAUUGCUCCUUCCCACGCCACCAGUGGUACUCCUAGCAGCAUCUUCAGUGCUGCCUCGAGCAUCAACCACCCCAAGGCAACUGGAACUGGAACUCCUUCUUCCGGCUCGCACCCAGCAUCUCUGAUUCCUUCCCCUUCCAACGCCAAGCGCAGUGGAUCGUUGGCCAUCCCCACCGAGCUGUCUUCCCUCGGCGACGAGGUUGAGUCUGCCCUCGGUUCUCUCGCCUCUGGCCUGAAGAAGCGCGGAAGCUCUCUUUCGAUCCCCACUGAUCUACCCUCGCUCGUCUCUGACGCCGAGUCUGCUAUUGGCGGCAUUGCCUCCGGCGGCCUGAAGGCCCGCGGUGAUUCUCUUUCGAUCCCCACCGAUCUGCCAUCUCUGGUCUCCGAUGCUGAGUCUGCUAUCGGUAGCAUUGCCUCCGGCGGCCUGAAGGCCCGUGGUGAUUCUCUUUCGAUCCCCACCGAUCUGCCAUCUCUGGUCUCCGAUGCUGAGUCUGCUAUCGGUGGCAUUGCAUCUGGCGGCCUGAAGGCCCGUGGUGAUUCUCUUUCGAUCCCCACCGAUCUGCCAUCUCUGGUCUCCGAUGCCGAGUCUGCUAUCGGUGGCAUUGCCUCUGGCGGUGCUCUGAAGCGUGGCUUCACCUCCAAGGCUAUCCCUACUCCCUCUGGUACCCCCACUGGUAUCGCUUCCGGUGUCCCCUCCGGCACCCCCAGUGGCACUCCCCCGGCUGGCUCCGGCGUGCACCAGAGUGCUACUCCUUCCUCUGCUAAGCCUUCUGCCACUGGCGACUCCAUCUUUGGCCUCCUGGUCUAA